UCAGGGAUCCUGUAAAGAUGGGGACUCAGCAAAAUCCAGCGAGACGAGGCAGGGCUGAUCUGUCGCAGCCGUGCAGCCUGUUCCAGGAACAGUCUCGCUUUAACCACCGACCCACCCAGCGCCCGCCUAGCAGCUUCGAUCCCGGCGCGGGACGGAGAUCCGGAGGGAUCUGAUGAACCGAUGGACCGAGGGGAUGAGCAGGGUCGCCCCGGGAGGUGGGGAGGGUCACGCCGGAACGCUUGGGAAACUCUCGCCAAGCCCAGGCGCCGCUCUCUUCUUUGGAAGUGUUGCUCUUUUUAAUUGUUAAUGUUCCCUUAAAAAAAAAGAUGAUAAUACGAGGGAAGCGUUUGUGUGCAAGAGAGAGAGAGAGAGAGAGAGAGAGAGAGAGAGAGAUAGUGAGACUGCGUGCGUUGUUAUUGUCAGACAAUACCGCAAAGGACUUUGGCAGGGAUAGAGACAAGACAGUGGGGAUGGGGCAGAGGAAGAGUAUGCGGGGGACGUGUGCAAGCUCUUUGCUUCCUCCACUGUGUUAAUGAACUCCGGGGUUGUUCUGUGGCCAGGGAGGGGAAGUCGAGCAUACUGCAGGAGGGAGCUGGGACACCCAGCUGCAGGGAGACCAGGAACUGUUACACUGCUGCAUACAUUAACGACUGCUCAGUGUGCCGGAGAAUACUCCUUUGUGGCGAUCAUACUUUGCUGGGAUAUAGUUGGGUAAACUGGGGGCUGCCACCACGGAGAGACCACAGGAACCCCCCUUGGGUCCUCCGUGUCCCUUUGACGGGGCCUUUUGGACUCGAAGACCCCCAUACGCACCCCAGCAGGGGUGCUUUGCUUGCAUCUCCAAGACACCUCCUGUGCAACAAGGAUCACCUGUCCUGUCUCCCUCUUCUGCUGUUUGCCUCAUGGAGACCAAGAGCUGCAAAGGGGAUAGCCUACGGCCACCUAUCCAAUGCAAACACUCUGUAGAGAAGAAGACGAUGACUAAUCCCACCACGGUGAUUGAAAUCUACCCAGACACCACUGAGGUGAACGAUUACUAUCUCUGGUCCAUCUUCAACUUUGUAUACCUCAAUUUCUGCUGUCUGGGUUUCAUAGCCUUGGCGUAUUCUCUGAAAGUUCGGGACAAGAAACUCCUCAAUGACCUGAAUGGUGCUGUCGAAGACGCCAAGACUGCUCGUCUUUUUAACAUCACCAGCUCAGCACUAGCCACCUUCUGCAUUAUCCUUGUCUUCAUCUUCCUGCGAUAUCCGCUCACCGACUAUUAGACGUGGCCAGCAAUCGCUGCCAAACUUUCCUCCAUGCUGGAAGCUGUCAUUGAGUUUCCUAUAGAAUGGACACAAAGAAAUUGGCCCUCCCAAAUGACUUCCUCUCAAAGGCAAAAAAAUGUUCCCAAAUAAAUCAAAGAAACAAGGACUUUUCCCACACUCCCCCAAGGCCUGACUUGUAUGAGAACUUCUGUAGCAGAAUUUUACUUUUACAUUUUGUACACAAAGUAUUUAUUUUCGUGACAAAGAACUAGGGUUUGAUGGUGAGAAGGAAAUGGCGCAGAUUAUUUAAAGGAGAUGGUGAAUUGCAACAAAGGAGGAGGAUGGGAAGAAGUGGGGGGAAAAUACAGGACCAUCACUGAUCUGAAGAAGAUGAGCUGACCAGCUUGAGUGUUGGACUGAGGGGAAUGCAGGAGGGCCCUCGUGGGCAAGCUGAACUGCAAACUUACUUUGGAUCUCUCCAUAUACAAAUUCAGAGCUCAAGAAAGGGUAUAGGGGGAAAAAACUGCUUGCUGCUAAGAGAUAGGCAUGGCCUUUGCAGAACAUAUCAGUCGCAUUCAGACUGCUUUCAAAUUCUGUCUCUUCCACUCUAUGUCCCCAAACAGAACAUAUUUGCCGUGUAGGUUUUGCCUAAUUUCAUACUGGUUUGAAUGAUGCCCAUACUGGCUUGCAAAAAUCUUUAAAAUCAGGAAAUUUGGAUUCUAGAAAGUUUACAUAGGCUCUCCUAGCAAACCCUGAACCUUUCAGGGUGAAACACAGAGAAAUGUUAUUGAUCUUUGGAACCUCGUGGAAAUACUAAGAAUGUAGACGAAUUAUGGAAAAUUUGCAUAGAUCCUGUAUCUCUCUCAACUUCCAAUAAAAAAAAUACCUCUAACCAUCAAA